AUGUCGCCGUCAAAGUGCGAUGACAUGCGUUUCGACAAUUCAGAUAAAGAUUGUGGAAUGCCAUUCGGGAUGGCGUUGCACCACCAGACGAAAAUGUUGUAUGUCUGCGAUGCGUUUUUCGGAUUCGGUGUCUUGGGUCCCGAAGGAGGAUUGGUAACAAUACUUUCCACCAUGGCAGAUGGCGAACCUUACCGAUCAUGUAACACUGUUGAUGUCCAUCAACCAACUGGAAAUGUCUUUUUCACUGAUCACAUGCAAGUGCUACAGUUCAAAACAGCGGUGAGUGUUAACGAUUCGACGGGAAGGCUAUUGAAGUACGACGCUAAAAACAAGCAAGUGACAGAGUUGUUUAGGAAUCUUUCAUUUGGUGCCUCUGCUAUUAUAUUGUAA